AUGAAGAAAUCAAAGCAAGCAAAGGCAUCCGAAAGCGAAGAUGGAGUUGAUAUAAUCAGUAAAAUGCCGGAUCAUGUUCUUCAGUUGAUUCUUUCACGUCUUCAAGGUUAUGUAGCUGGUGAAUUUAUGUUUAAAACAAGUAUGCCCUCCUUGAAGGAAGUUGCGAUUCACCCUGAAGAACUGACUGAAGAUGAAAGGCCCCUUGUUGAUGGGUUUGUUGGAAUAAGUCACGUGGAAUUUUUGUGCAUCACUCUUUACUGUGUCUCAAUGUGUUAUUUUCCGCCAAAUGAUGUCCCUGUAUCUCUACCCAAUCUCAAGACUUUGGAGAUAACAACUGGUGUAUUUGCAGUGAAUGAUCUCAUCCCAUUUCUCAUAUGUUUUCCACAUCUGGAGUCUCUCCGUUUGUUCAUUACACAGGUAGAUCGGUUGGAAGAUUGGAAACUAGAUGAUAUUGCAUCAAUGAGAAUCUUGACCCGUCAUUUGAAAUUGGUUGAGUUUCUUGGUUUCGAUGGAGAUGAUCGGAAACUGGCUAUAGCUCGUGCCAUACUGGAGCAUGGAGAUGCAUUGGAGGAAAUGGUUUUCUUGUGGCAACAGGAUGCAGCGCACCAUGAGAAGUCGAUGGAGGCUAUGAAGGAAAUGUCAAAAUUUCACAAGGCUUCUUCAACUGUCAAACUUACAACUGUACUUCAGCCAGCUCCCUCUCGAUUCAAGCUCUGAGUCUUUUAUUUGAGUUGAGAUCGAGCUCGUUACUCUUUUGAUGAACUGAUGUUAAAUGCUUUUUGUAAAACUGUACGUAGUAACUACCAAUUCAUGUUAUGGGGUAAACCAGAUCUUUUGGUCUUAUGUGUAUUGUGGCGGAUGCUGCUUGUUAGAUUUGGAA